UGAGCCAAUUAUGUAUGGUUGUAUCAUAUGGUGGUUCAUGGAAUAACGACAAGUAUGAGGGGGGGGCAUCGUGAAUAUCUCCGUUUUCCAUCAUCGGGCAUGACAUUCAACACAUUAGUAAGUCGGAUUCAAGGGAUUGUUUGUUUAGAUACAAAUAUUUAUGAUUAUUGGAUAUAUUCAUAUAUGAAAACUCCGGAAGAUGAAACUUUGAGAAUCAAGAUACUAGAUGAUGAUGAUUUAAAAUUAGUGAUUGAUUCUUUUCAAGUGCCGAAGAUCUUUGUAUCAGUUGUUCAAAAGAUAAAUGUUCCUUCUUCUAGUUUUGUGAAUAUGUUGAACUCUCAAGUCACAAAUGUGAAUAUGAAACAACCAAUGUUUGAAACGCUACAAAAUCCUCAAAGAAACAUGGAUCAACUUAUUGUGCCUAGACAUGACGUUCAAAUUGAAAAUGUUGCUGCCAAUAAUUUUGAGCGCAUUGCCAAUAAUGUUGUUGAUGAUGAACAUGGUGUUGAUUGGGGUUAUAAUGAGAAUGUUGACAGUUUGGAUAGUUUAGGUGGUGAUGAUGAUGAUGAUGAUGAUGAUGAUGAUGAUGAUGAUGAUGAUGGUGAUGGUGAUGAUGAUAGUAGAAAUAGGCAUAAUGUACCUUCCUUAAGCAGCUCAUUUGUGGAUGUGGAUGUAGAAGAUGACAUUUGGGAUAGACAGAUUGGGCAUGGUCAACAAUGGAUCAUUCCCGGUGCUCUAUAUCAAGCGUCACUUCCUUGUGAGGAAUUAGGAAUAACCAAAGGGUUCAACCGUGAUACACUAUCAGAAGGAUCUACAUUUAUGGAUAAAGAAAGCUUGAAGACUGCACUGGGGCUAUAUCAUUUGGUAAAUCGUGUAGAAUUUGUUGUUGACCGAUCUGAUAAGUGUAGAUUCUCAGUUGUUUGCAAGUAUAGUGAACAAUGCCCAUUCUUACUACGUGCUACAGCGCAUGGGACUGUUUGGAAGGUUAUCAAAUGGGUUGCUCCGCACAGUUGUCAGAUUGACUUGAGAAAUCACGGUCCUAGAACAGUGUCAGCAAGGACGAUAGGAGCAUUUUUUGCUCCAACAUUGAUGAAUGAAGGUGCUGUUUUGAAGCCUAAGGAGAUGCAAGCACAAUUGAGAAGAGAAUAUGGGUUUGUAGUUGAUUAUCAGAUGGCACUGAUUGGGAGGAAUCAUGCUAUCAGUAUGAUAUAUGGAGAUACAGAUAAGUCUUUUCAAUUAUUACCUUCAUAUUUGUAUAUGUUGCAAGAAUCUAACCCCGGUUCUAUUGUUGCAUUACAAACUGACUCUGUUGAUCGUUUUCAAUAUGCUUUUAUGGCUAUUGGUGCUUGUGUAAAUGGAUUUAAGUCUUCUUGUCGUCCUGUCAUAGUUGUGGAUGGCACGCAUUUGAAAGGAAAAUAUAGAGGUAUUAUGUUUGUUGCUGCUACAAAAGAUGGAAAUGAACAGGUGUUUCCAUUGGCUGUGGGAAUUGGUGAUAAGGAGAAUGACAGUUCAUGGAUUUGGUUUUUCAACCAAUUGAAAAGAACUUUUGGUUGCCCUGAUGAUUUAUUGUUUGUUUCUGACCAACACCGAAGCAUCAAGAAUGCUAUUGCUACCGUGUAUCCCGGAAUUCCUCAUGGUGUUUGUACAUAUCAUUUGCAGCAAAACAUAUCAAGAUGGGGUGCUCAUGUGGUUGCUAUGUAUCAAAAAGCAUCCAAAUGUUACCGAAGUCGGGACUUUGAUAAGCAAAUGUCAAAAAUUGCUUUGACUUCUAAGCAAAAUGCAUUUAAGAAAUUGAUGGAUGUUGAUCCAAUACGGUGGUCCCGUAGUAAAUGUCCAGUACGACGGUAUGAGUUUCUUACUUCUAAUUGUGCAGAAUGCUUGAAUGGUCGUCUUAGAUGGGCUCGUAGAUUGCCAGUAUGCACUCUUUUGGAAUGUGUACGGACAUUGAUUGCACAGUGGUUUGUUGAGCGACGUAAUAAAGCUUCGGUGAGAACCCAUAUUUUAACUGAAUAUGCGGCAAAAAAGUUAGAGAAUUCCAUUGAAGAUGGACGGACCAUGGAUGUUCAGCCAAUUACAUCAAUGAAAUAUAAGGUUUCAUGUGGAACAAAGACGUAUGUGGUUGAUCUGAAUGCUAACACUUGCUUGUGUCGGGAAUUUGAUCUUGAUUUGAUUCCUUGCGCUCAUGCUGCCGCGGCAAUAAGUAAAUCAAAACAGAGUUUAUUUUCAUAUGUGUCGAACUACUACACAACAGAGACAUUGCGUGAGAUAUAUUCGGGUGAGGUGAUGCCAAUCUUGCAUCCAGAUGAGUGGUCUGUGCCUGUAGAAGUGAAAUCAAGACAAGUGUUGACACCACCUCAGCCUACACAGGCAGGACGUCCACGGACAAGUAGAAUCGAAUCUAGUAGCCGAUUAUCUAGAGCUUGUUCGAGAUGCAACCAAAGCGGUCAUUACCGUUCCAAAUGCAAAGAGGCCAUUCCAAUAUCACAAGAUGAACACAUUGCUAGUAAUGAGUCAGAAGUUGUUGGGUCCCGUAGGCGCAAGUGUUGUGGCAUAUGUGGUGAAGUUGGGCAUAAUCGUCGAAAAUGUUCAAAAUCUGUGACGUCUUGAAUGAUUUAUGUCAAUUUGUCUAAGACUUUGGAUGUAUGCUAUUUUUACGACUACUCUAGUUUGGAUAUGCUCUUGUUUGUGUUAUUUUUAAGACUGUGGAUGUAAGUUUAUUUUAAGACAUUUUGUUCUAGAUUGCUCUAAUGAUUUGUGACU